GUGAAGCAAGUAAACUGGUUACUGAGUAUAAAUAUAAGCUACAAAAAGCAGAACAGGAGAUCGCGAAUUUACAAGCCGGUCUUGCCAGAUCAGAGUCACAAGUUAUUCGAUACAAAAGCACAGCUGAGGCGGCAGAAAAAGCAGAGAACGAUCUUAAGAUUGAGCGCAGAAAGUUGCAACGCGAGAAUCGUGAAGCUAUGGACCGAUUGGAAGAACUGGAAACGUCCAACAACCACCUGUUAAAGCGACUAGAUAAGUUAAAAAAUGCUAAGAGUGCUUUGUUAAAGGAUCUAUGAUGAAACACUAAUAACAAAUGUUUUGCAGCCAACUAAAAAAUUUAAAUUAUCUGAAUACAGCUGUCAUUUCUUAGGGAAGAUGCACACAUAAAGGAAAGGCAAAAAGUAGACAGACAUUGACUAUAGUUCUUUAGCAGUAACAUUAAAAACCUUUGCAAGUGCAGCCGUGUAUUUUUCAAAACGGAAACAACUGCAACAUUAGCAAAACAAAAUAAGUAAGUUGUUUGAUUCUUACAUCUUUCACCGAUUCACAAAUAGUAUCAAGUUUUGUGCGCAACUUACUCCUUAUGUUCCAUGAUUAUAGGAAGUCCAAGAAAAGCUAUUGUUUUCAAUGUACCACCAUACUGGAAUAGCAAUUUUAUAUUUUUUAUUACACGUUACCUUAAAAAAGGUAAUCUAGUCUAUCUGACUAUUUGGUUGAAAGUGCCUAUUAAUUUUCAUUUGUUACAUUCAUAAUUGUCGAGCGCAACUCUCUACCGAUACGUCCGAUAGCAAUACCACUGUAUUUUAAAAAUUUAAUAAAAUAGAUGUUC